UGUGCGUUCAGAUUAAGCAGCAGAGAGAUCAGUGUGGUCAGUGUCUAUCACAGAAUCUGAAACUGUGAAGUUGUUCCUAACAGAUCAAGCACUGGUACCAUCCACCUGCUGGCCAAAUACUGAGUGAAAAUCCAGAUUGUGAGGCCACAACAUGGGAAACUGCACUUCAGGGAACAAGAAGAAAAGGAAAGGGGACUCCACAACCAAACAUAAAAACAACAUGAAUACAAAGCCAAACGAGGAUGUAACGUAUGCCUCUAUUGACCACAGCACUGCUAAUCCAUCAAGAACAACCAGAGCUGCCUUUGUGGAUGAUUGUGACUAUGCAACAGUUUACGUGCCUGCAGCGCUCCAACCCCAACAUGAGUCUGAAGGCUCAAUUAAAGGCGAUUGUGAAGAUGAUUAUGUACUGAUGGGCUGAACGGGGCAAAAGGAAGAAAUGAUGUAAAAUACUUUUUUAGACGGCUUCCAAGAACUCAUUUGCAUUUCAGCUGCAAAGCAUUCAGUAGAGCUGUCAACCAAGUCUUGAUCUUUACUGAAGAAACUGUGGCUCCAGCCUCGUCUCAACUGUGGUGUUACGAUGGACAAACUUGCAUUUUUUUUUUCUGAAAGAAUCUGCAGUUUUAUUGUAUGAUGGAGACAGAACCUGAUGUUUGUUGAGGACUUUUUUGUAACUAUGCAGGACGUUGUUGUAUCAGUUUUGUAAUCUGUAUUUUUUGUAAAGGGACUACAUGUUAUGUCCAUGAUGAAAUAAUGUUAUGUGUUUAUAUAUAGUAUAUAGUAAUUGUGUCCAUGCCAUAUACCUUCACCUGCUUUCAAAGUCUGUGCUCAAUUGCAACAAAGUGCGUCUGAGAACCAUAAACACCACCCAAAUAUACUGCAAAUAUAUAUUUAUGAUUUGACAUUAA